GCCGUCAGCCAGAAGCCUACAGGAAGGGGCCUAUGUAUUGAUUACGCGCUGGGCGGAGGGCCGGCCCUCCUCCGCACGGCUUCUUGCUGGUAGUCACUUGCAAGUGACAACGUUGUAGGUAAAUUAUGCCAGGUGCGGAUUUGGACCUUGCUGGGUCCUGCAUUGGCAAUACUUCGUGAUUGCUCGCCUAGAUCUAGACAUCGAUGGGGAGUUUGGGUGUAUUCGCAUGCAGGGGCGUGGUGUCUGGGACCGUUUGAGUUUCGUGGCAGCGGGUGCAGGAAGCGAAGCAGCAGCAGUAGCAGAAGACGAAGAAGAAGCAGAAGCAGUAGAGGCAGUAGCAGGCAUGGAAGGAUUAGAGUUACUGCGAUCAGUCCACAGUGGGUGACAGACUGAUGCGCCUCUGUUACUCUGCGCCUGAUCCGUACGAGCUGGGCAGCUCUUUGGAGAGAGGGGUCUGGCCAUGUCGUCUCGAAUUGGCGUCAAUGUUGGCAUGUUAGGGUUGGAGUUGACGUCAGAUGUAUUGGUUGACUGGAGAAGGAUUGAUCCAGUCCGAUGACGGUAUUUGAGUGCUGUGUUAUUUCUGGAAGGAUUUUGCGAUGAUGAUGAUGAUGCUGAUGAGCAGGAGGAGGAUGCUGUUCUCGGGCAUUUUGGGGAGCUGGCAGUGGUGAUAAUGGCAGUGUGUGUGUGUAUUGGCGGCCGUCGCUGGAAGAUUGUUUUGGUAUCUGCUGAGACGAGCAGCAGGAAGGUAGCGUCUGUGUGAGGACGGUAGCUGGGGUUGGUGUUGACGCUUGAUGGUGAUGAUCGCCAUUUGAGUUUUAGCUCGGAGGCCAUUGCGACGUUGAUGUAGCAAUGGCGAUUUCUGUGAGUGGAGCUUAAGUUUCAAUUAUGAGGUUUGGACACCAUUAAGCAAGCUUCUUAUUCGAGGUCAAGGAUGGGAAAUUCUCAAAGUGAUUUUAUGGUUCGAAGAAAAUGGUGUCCUCAUUCCUUCAAGCUGCGCCAAUACGCCGUUGUUAUUUGCUGAAGAAUGUGCAGAUGUGAUAACAUGGAACCUGGUGAUAUCGCUUUUUGUCGACGUGAAUGCUAUAUCUGAUGUGGAUCUUUAGGCUUUUCCCGCUGGAUGACCUUUCGAGCUCUGUUACAGUGUACUCGUACCAGGAAUCUUUUCGGAUCGUUCACGAAUAGCCAUUUUAGGGCUUGUUCGUCCAAGCAGGGAAAGCUUUCUCGAAUUGUUUCAUAUCCCAGGAGCAUCACCUGAGAUUUUCGUUAAUACACUGCAUUACUGUGGCCAGGAGGACAUGAAUGCAGUGAGAGGUAGGAAUCAAAGGCAACUGUUCUCGAGAUUCCCACAUGCCGAAUUUUGGAGACAUGAACUCGCUGUGCUACUCUAAAUAAUUUGCAAAGGAGCUUCGGGUAGGUGGCAUUGCCAAUGGGCUUUGCGUGCUGGAGGGGAAGCCUACAUUUUGCAAUGUCAAAGGUAACUCUGCUUUAACGAAGAAUUCCUGGACAGUGAUCCUCGAUCUGGGUGCUCUUGUGGGAUGAGUACUGGAGAAAUGGAGCUCGGAGGUUUGUCAAGUUUUCUACCUGGAACUACUUGCUUGUUUGUCGCAUGAAUGUAGCUCUUGCGAAUGCUUCAGGCUCCUUCCAAGCAUGUCACUGACAUAUGGAGACUUCGGAGGGCCGUCACCUGCGCCGUUGCCCUACUACCAGCCGCCUUCCAAUGGCUCCCGGCCAUUUCCCAAUUCUCCGGAACCGAGAGGGUCGCCCGGCGCGACCCCAUUUCGUCCCAGUAUUGCUGUGAUUAUUGGCGUUCUCACCACCAUGUUUUCCCUCACCUUCCUCUUACUACUCUAUGCCAAGCAUUGCAAGCGUGUCGCGGAGGCCGAGGGAGAAGGGGCUGCCCCCGAAGAAGCCCCUGCAGCUGCUCCCGCAGCUUUCCAUGUGGAUGCUGGUCUUGAUAGGGCGAUUGUAGAAGCCCUUCCCAUGUUUACUUUUGCGUCUUUACAGGGUGUGAAGGAAGGGUUGGAGUGUGCAGUUUGUUUGAGUCGUUUUGAAGACGCCGAUAUCUUGCGCCUGCUUCCGAAGUGCAAGCACGCCUUCCAUUUGGACUGUGUUGACACAUGGUUAGUGUCUCAUUCCACAUGCCCACUAUGUCGACAUUGUAUCACCUCCGACGACCUCUCUCUAGUCGACGACAUGGUGAUCGCUAGGAACUCGCAAGAAGCAGUGAGCCAAGAGCUCGCUGUUGUGGCGUCCUUGCCUAGAAGCUGUUCUCUUCCUCGGCGAUCCUCCGCCGAUAGGCGAGAACGUACUUCUCAGAUUGUGGUCCAACGGGACAGCACGAGUGGGACUAUAAGUACAAAGAGGCAGGUUUGCCGGACAGAUGGGAUGUUGCUCGGUGAUCCUCCACUGGAGCACACACUAGAUUCGCACCGUAUGCCAUCUGGUAGAAGACUCGGCCACCGAAUCAUCAUUUCUGAUGUUGUCAUGCAACAGCGAUGGAGUGACUUCGCCUGUGCAGACAUCUUGCUCCUCAACACACACACUUUAUUCGGACCGAACGAAAGGUUGUCUGUUUCUCGCAUGUCCAACAGCUCUAGAAACGAUCUGCACCCUCCUUUUAAACGGGGUGAAGUGGAAUUUUUCAAUCGGCGCUCCAGCUCCAGUUCCAGGGCAGACGCUACAUCGUCUACUUGCCAAGAGUUCACCAUAGUUGAUGGCAAGGCACGCCUGUCCACUAGUUUCAGUAGAAAAGACCGAGGGUCUGCAUCCUGGAAGCAUGGUGCAUCGACCAGAUUGGGCGAUGAGUUGUCUACUUCUUCUGAUAUCUCUGUUGAGAUGCCUCCAGAGCCAUCUCGGCGGUCUACCAGCCGUCUUUCUGGCAUCAUAGACAGGCCACCGUUGCCACCAGGGGUGAACGGUGCUGGGAAGAAUUUGCCAUUCUUGAAGAGAGGAUUCUCCUUAGGGAGAACUAUCAUUGACCCUGAAGGCAGAUUGCUUCCCAGGGUUGAUCUGAGAACCAUGUCGGAGAUCACUGUGCUUGAACGAGUUGCACAAUCACGGAAGAAAGACUUGACGCUUGUGGGUGAAGCUCCUGAUGGAGCUCCUACACGAGAAGAGGAGAAGGCUCGGAAAUGGCUCUCCAUUGCUCGGAAGACGCUGAACCGGUUUGUGGGGAGAGAGAAGCGGGCUUUCAUGGUCCAGAGAAUCAAUCGGGAGUUUGAUCUCUCAUCCAAAACUUAGUAAGCGUCCUCCUUUUUUUUUUUGACACACGAUGAGUUUGCAGAGAUGUCUCGAGCUGGUAGACUUGUGUGAACGAGGGGUACUUCUCCUCGUGAGGGUCAGCAAGGGCAUCUUUCGAGGCUGCUGUGUAAGAGUACUGAAAAUCAGUCACCCCGAACAUCUGUUGGAGCUAUUUAGUUCAUGUAGUUCUGAUGAUCAAUUUUUCGGUGAUUUUGUACUAAGUUCAGUAAGGUAAGCAGAAGCCACAUUGUACAAUAAUUUAUACAGAUCAAUCACAGAAGGUGUAUCCUUAUCAGUGAACCGCCAA